UCCUAGAUCAUGGCAAGCAAUAUCGGUCGCAUCUUGUUCAAUCUUUAGAGUUAACUUUCAUGGAUGGAAGUCAUCCAGUAGGAGAAGAAAGUGACAGCGAUGUUGUUGAUAGUGACAACAGUGAAAGUGAAUCGUGUUUUGAUGACCUUUCUUCGGGCGAGGAAGUUUUUGGUGAAAGAAUGAUUCGAAUGCCAGCGCCAUGUGACAGAUGCUCACGGCUAAUAUGCAAAGAUGAAUGUUACAGUCAAAAGACUGGGAAGUGUUGCGUGUGUGAUGAUGUCGCUGACAAAGGAUGUUAUUGCAAACGAUGCUAUGUCAUAAGUACCGGGAUUUGCUCUGAGUGUAAUGCUGAAGCUGGGAAUGGAUUUUGCAAAAGAUGCUACAGCAGUAGGACCGGAAAGUGCUGCCAAUGCGAUAGAAUAACUGAGCAGGGAAUGUAUUGCAAUGAAUGCUAUGACUCAAACUGGCCGCCACCCCUCCGAAUUGAAGUAUCCUCUGGAGGAGAGCAUUUCAAGUUUUAUGGCAGGGAGAGAGACUUGCAGAAAUACAUCAAUGUUGCAAAUCAUGGUCAGCGCCGAGAAUUAGAUUUUAAAGACAUUUCCGACUAACAUUUUUCCUCUAACAUAUCAAUUAUGUUUCGUUAUCAUUGAGAUUCUUUGAAGACAUGACCAGUAGCUAAUCUUAAGUGUUUGGUUUAGUUUCUCUAUAUCUUUGAUCUAAAGCAUUAAGUCAAUAAGAAAUUGAAAUAAAUUUGUGCUCUAAGGGAUGCUAGUUAAUCAGGGGGAUCACGCACAAGAGUGAAGAAGCGGUUUUUUCAUUUUGUUUUUCAGUUGUACUAAUGUAACAGUAAAGAAAUAAAGAUCUUUUGUGUGCCAGUUAUUUAA